CCUCCAAAGGAUCAGCUGACUGUGACGCGCUCUGGAAACACCACUGUUAUGACAUUAUGAAUAUCCAUUCGUACGAUUUUCCGCUUUAAAUAAUAACCCAAUCUUAGACACUAAUACGUAUUUUAUCUGCUUUUUUUGUACCACGUCUAUCCUCGACUAGCCCAGUGUUCAGUCAUGACGGAGUUCUGGUUGAUCUCGGCUCCUGGAGAGAAAACUUGCCAGCAGACAUGGGACAAGAUGAUGGUGGCCACCACUCGCACCAACAACCUGUCCACUAACAACAAGUUCAACAUCCCGGACCUCAAGGUCGGGACGUUAGAUGUUUUAGUUGGACUCUCGGACGAGCUGGCCAAGUUGGACUCUUUUGUGGAGAGUGUGGUGAAGAAGGUGGCGCAGUACAUGGCCGACGUGCUGGAGGACAGCCGUGAUAAAGUUCAGGAGAACCUGCUGGCAAACGGAGGUGAACAAGCAUCUCCUUCAUCUUUCUUCAUCUCCACACCAAGUCUUUUAGCCUUUUUUUUUGUUGUUGUUGAGGUUUUCUUAUUCUUAAUUUUCUACCUCUUGCUUUUAUUAGUGGAUCUGAUCACCUACAUCACGAGGUUCCAGUGGGACAUGGCAAAGUACCCCAUUAAGCAAUCUUUGAAGAACAUAUCUGAAAUCAUAUCUAAGCAAGUAACACAGAUUGAUAACGAUUUAAAGGCUCGAGCUUCAGCCUACAACAACCUGAAGGGAAACCUGCAGAACCUGGAGAGGAAGAACGCGGGGAGCCUGCUGACCCGCAGUCUGGCCGAUAUCGUAAAGAAAGAGGACUUUGUGCUCGACUCUGAGUACCUCGUCACUCUGUUGGUGGUGGUCCCCAAGACGAAUUACGGAGACUGGCAGAAGACGUACGAGACUCUCGCGGAAAUGGUGGUGCCACGUUCCACAAAUUUGCUGUUUGAGGAUCAGGACAGCGGGCUGUUCAGCGUCACGCUGUUCCGCAAAGCCAUCGACGACUUCAGGCACAAAGCCAGAGAGAACAAGUUCGUAGUACGAGAUUUCCAGUACAACGAGGAGGAAAUGAAGGCGGAUAAAGAGGAGAUGACGAGGCUGUCCACCGAUAAGAAGAAGCAGUUUGGUCCUCUGGUACGAUGGCUGAAAGUCAACUUCAGCGAAGCCUUCAUCGCCUGGAUCCACAUCAAGGCUCUGAGGGUGUUUGUAGAGUCUGUGUUAAGGUACGGCUUACCUGUGAACUUCCAGGCCAUGCUGCUGCAGCCCAAUAAGAAGAACAUGAAGAAGCUGAGGGAAGUGCUGUAUGAGCUCUAUAAACAUCUGGACAGCAGUGCUGCUGCGAUUAUUGAUCAAUCUGCUAUGGACAUUCCCGGUCUGAAUCUGAGCCAGCAGGAGUAUUACCCUUACGUCUAUUACAAAAUCGACUGCAACCUGCUGGACUUCAAAUAAUCCAGGAAAAAAAUAAUCCAACGUUGCACGCCGUCACAUCCCUCAGCUCUGUGGUAGAGUCCUAGUGAAGAAGUGUGAGAUGAUGUUUCAUUGAGUUGUGUAUUUAUCUUUCCACCCCCCCCCUCUCUCUCUCUCUCAUGUCCAUUCCUGUUCUCUCUUUUGCUCUGCUGCUCACUCCAGUGUGUGACCACCGUCCCCAUCAUGUUUACAGGAUUAUUUUUUUUAUAAAACAUCUCAAAUCUGUAUCUAUAAAUAAAUAUAUAUAUAUAUAUAUAUAUAUAUAUAUAUAUAUAUAUAUAUAUAUAUAUAUAUAUAUAUAUAUAUAUAUAUAUAUAAAGAAGCAAUCCCUGUGUUUUAAUAUGAACGUCAUUCCAUGGUAAUGCGAGUGUUUUGUGUUUGUUCCAUUUCAGAAUCACUAAUAGAUAUUUUGUUGUGUGAGGACGCUGGUGUCUUUACCUUCUCUGUAUCAGUAGUUCCAUGCUAAAGGAACGAACCGUGUUACAAAUGAUACCGUAACAGAUAAUGUGUUGUGUACAUUUGGUGUUGAUGAAAUAUAAUAUAAUAUAUAUAUAUGUCAAAAAUC